AUGGGCAUUAACGAUUCCUCCUCGCAGGCAGGUCCCUCUCGUUGCCCUGGAGCCACAGCUGGAGGUAAAAGUCGACUGGACGGCCUUCCCGAUAACGUGUUAUCAAUCAUCGCCUAUCACAUUGUGGUGAACGAUCAUGGUGUCGGAUCGAGCCCCUCUCACUUGCUCCCCUUCCUAUACACUAGUCGCUCCAUCUAUAGCAAGCUAUCGUUCAGAGCCAACCCACAACUCUAUAACAACCUCUUCCGAGCAACUUUCGAUCAUGCAGCUCUGAUGAGGCGAUAUAAAUGGAUGGUCAAGCAUCUGGCGUCUAUGGCGGGGAGAGGGAGGAACACGUAUGAUCUGUUCAGUGAUUCUGAAUCUUGGGCAGAGGAUUACAAGGCGAGAUGGAUAACAGCGAGGCGAAUGCGUGCCAUUGCUAGGGCAAAGGCGACGAUGAUACCUGGCGUCAGCUCCGAGGAGACUUUUCUGGAAGAUGCCUGGGUCGUCUGGUUCCUGGUCACCGAGAAUGACGGCAAAAAUGCCAGAUUUCUACACAAAUUCUGCAACUUUAGUCAAUGGGCAAGGGUGUUCCACCGCGAAGAUGCCAUCAAGGCAUCCAUGGUGCCUGGCUUGCCCGUCGCCUCUGUGGAAAAGUCGCUCGUGUCGUGGUCAAGUCUGCUAGCAGGCAUAGACCCCUGCGAAGAUGGAACAGAGGCAGAGAUCGACGAGAAGAUGUUUGCAUUGCGCCCGUAUGUCUUUGCCUGCGCAGAGUAUGACAUUUUCAUCGCUCCGUGGGUCGAACCUCGUUUACCUCUAAUCACUGGCGACAAGACAGACCGAACCAUAGAUAUGCGUCUGCGCCCCCAAGCAGUAUCCUAUCGCCGCUUUGGGCAGACCUGGCGCCGUACUCCUCCUCCAUAUGCCCUGUAUUGUCUUCUCGAGUUCUUCCGACUGGUAGAUCGCCAUUUCACCCAGCAAGGUCGGCAUUCUCAUGCACUCAAGUACUCUACCUCGUUUAGAUCCGAUCAAUCCACCUCUGGUCUAUUCAGCAUGACCCAGAUCAUGCCAUCCAUCUAUCACGACAGGGAAUGGCAACGGAGUACGGUCUGUCAAGAUCCCAAUACUUCACCCGGCUUACCCCCAAUGACCUUUUACGGCGAACUGCAAGGGUUCUGGCGGUGUCAGUUCCUAACACUCGAUUUCGACAUUUACCGCCAGAUUCUGGCUCAGGAUAUGCGAGUCCUAUAUACUGGAGAAUACUCUGAACAGGUCGCGGAGACUGAGCUCAGGGAAACGGUGAUCGUGGUCCGAGAGGAGGACGUCGGGGGUAGUGGCUCAGUGCUCCACGCUGGAUUCAGACAGCUAAGGCCAGAGGACGAUAUCGAGGAUGAGCUUAGGGCUAUUGAGGCGGGCUACGGACACCGAGUGUGUGUGGACGUCAAUGCCCCAGAUCAACCUGGAUGGACCAAGGAGAUCUUGGUGACUGGAAGGGUCAACACGGGAUGGGGAAGAGGUAUAGUAAGAGGUAGAGUCAGGGCUUGGGAUGGACUUGUCAGCCUCAGUGUCAAAAUCUCGGUGGGUCGUGACACUGCAACAUCCGACCACGGUCUCGGAACAUGGCUGUGGCGAGGCUACCUCGAGACUGGGGGUUACUUCAUCGGCCGAUGGAGAGAUGUUGUUAAUCCACUGAGUCUGCAAGGCCACGAAGGAGGUUUCGGCAUGAUACGUGCGGGUGAUAUCUUUUAUCCACCCCAUUACCCUCAACGCAUGGAAGAAUCUAGUACCUCCCGAUACGGCGCAUCUGCUUCGCAAUCUUCCUCGUCCCCUCCUCAGCAAUCUUCCAUCCGUCUUAAUCAGCCGGGCGCUUGGUUGGAACUUGGGAUGGGAUCGAAUUUCGGAGCGCGAUUCUCUCGAGAGGAAAUGAUGUCGCCUGCUUGGCCUGCAGUGGGGCACACAGCUCCCUUUGAUCGUGAUCGUGAGUGCAGGAGGCCAGUGGCAACUUGUUGUAUUCCCUGA